CUGAUCCAAGUUAGGAGCUUUCAGCUACCAACCGUGGCCCAUUAUGUAAGUGCCGCUGAGAAUUAUUUGCAGUGCAAUUGCAGAAUUACCCGUUUCCAGGCCGUUUUGCAAGGUGUGCAAUUGUAACAUUGUUCUUUGCACGGACACACACGGUUAAGACGCAAAAAGGCUCCAAGUGCAUGAAGAUCGCGGCUUGAUUUUUGCAUCUUUGUUGCAAAGCAAGCCGCUGAAGCAAGCUCGAGUGCGAUGGAGGGAGGGAGUGAGAAAGAAGGCAAAGUAUUUUCUGCUUCCCCUCCCCCCCAUCAAAGCAAAGGGGAAAUGUCUCAGCCAAAGGGAGGUAAGAGGAAGCCUGGGCUCAAGCUCUCUCCCAAGGUGUUUGAGCAGACUCCGCCCACUGCCACACCCCCAAGAGAUUUGGAUUCGAAAGCUCGUGUGACCAUUGGUGAGAAGAACAUUGUGGUGAAAGCCGAUGACCUGGAACAGAUUGGGGAGCUGGGAAGAGGAGCGUAUGGUGUGGUGGACAAGAUGAGGCACAUGCCCAGUGGCCUGAUUAUGGCUGUCAAGAGGAUCCGUGCGACAGUGAACACCCAGGAACAGAAGAGGUUGCUGAUGGACCUGGACAUCUCAAUGAGGACAGUCGAUUGUCUAUACACAGUCACCUUCUAUGGUGCACUCUUUAGAGAGGGCGAUGUCUGGAUCUGCAUGGAGCUGAUGGACACCUCUCUGGAUAAGUUCUACAAGCAGGUGAUUGAUAAAGGCAUGACCAUCCCUGAGGACAUCCUGGGGAAGAUGGCUGUCUCUAUAGUGAAGGCUCUGGAACAUCUGCACAGCAAUCUGUCCGUGAUACACCGAGAUGUGAAGCCGUCCAACGUGUUGAUUAACACUCAGGGUCAGGUGAAGAUGUGUGACUUUGGGAUCAGUGGUUACCUGGUGGACUCUGUGGCCAAGACCAUGGAUGCCGGCUGCAAGCCCUACAUGGCGCCGGAAAGAAUCAACCCGGAGACAAAUCAGAAAGGCUACAACGUCAAGUCAGAUAUCUGGAGUUUGGGAAUCACUAUGAUUGAGCUGGCCAUUCUGCGCUUCCCCUACGAUUCCUGGGGAACUCCCUUCCAGCAGCUGAAGCAGGUGGUGGAGGAGCCGUCACCUCAGCUCCCGGCCGACCAGUUCUCCCCUGAAUUUGUUGACUUCACGUCCUUGUGCUUGAAGAAGAAUUCCAAAGAGCGUCCAAACUACCCUGAACUCAUGCAACAUCCUUUCUUCAUCUCCCACGACUCCAAAGAGACUGACGUGGCCAGUUUUGUCACGGUCAUCCUGGGGGACUGACAAGCCCUGUACCCCGAUUCAACCCGUCGCUCUGACCAACCGCCACGGGGGGGGGGGGGGACGACGACGACGACGACACCUACUUUAAAAAGCACCAAUCGCAAACCUUGUUACCUGCAGGACUCCACCCCCUCCCCGGUCCCGACCCCUCCCUCUGGCAUGGCAUAGGCGGAUGGUGGAAGACCGCGGAGGGGGUCAGGGAGGGGGGAGGAGGAGUUCUCAAGGCCUCCAGGUCCUCACAUAUUCAAUAUAGGCAGGGCGGCAGGAUGGGUCAAUUCCUGUAACAUUGAAUGGAGAUCCGCUUCAUGAGUAACCCGGAUCAAUUUACAUAUAGUUACAUUAGUGCCCCGCCCACCUGUUUUACUGUACACCUUGUUAGUCAAUCAGUGGAUUAAGGCAUGUGUGGAUUUUACCCCGACCUAUUGGCUGAUCCCUAAAACAUGUUUUGAAACCACAUGGGAAAACAGAAAAGCUAAUUUUAAUCCACAAUCGGAUAGUGAAUAUAUCUGUAUAAUCUAAAUGUUUGUAAUAUAUACUCACGGACAACAUUGCAUUGGUUUACUAGUUGACAGCAUGGAAUGGGUUUUAGUCCCCUUGGAUUGGCGGUUUCAGAGGGAGUCAUGUUAGCUGACUGACCACUGGCUGAGCAGUACACUGGUCUGUCCAGCCGGACACCUCGGUCCCAACUGCAGUGUGUUCGUCAUAGAACGGUACUACACACUAACGUUCCGUAGUGGGCUCUGUGUGUGUGUGUGUGUGUGUGUGUGUGUGAGAGAGAGAGUGACUUAGGAGUGUGUGUGUGAGUGUGCCUGGGGGCCUUCUGUGUGUGUUAUGCGUGUGUGAGUGUUGACAGUGUGUUGUGAAUCCUUACCUGGUCUCUUCCUUAAUGUUCUUAUGUUUUGAGCCAAUCACAAGACACUCUCCACUCCAUGUUCAAUUAGAACUGGAAAUGCUAGUUAACUGUUAUUAAUAUUAAUAAUAUUAUUGUCUUUAAAACAAAUAUAUACCCUUUACUGUAGACUGCAGUGUCAGUGUUUCUUACAACUACUGUUUUCUCUUUGAAAACUUGACAUUAACAAUAGGAAACGUGUGUGUGUGUGUGUGUGUGUGUGCAGCAUGUGUGUGGAUAGUUGUGAAUUUGCAGUAUUUGUGCGUCACACUUUAAAGUCAGUGCUUUUCUGAAAUAGUCACCCUCAACCAAACCUUAAAUGUACCUCUCUUGAAUGUCAGAAAACAAAAUUGCUUUUGACAGUAAACAAGACAACACAGUCACCCCACAUUUCUGUUCUCUCAGCCGGGCUUUCUGUACAGUCCAGGUCAUUUUUCUCAAUUUUAAGGGGAACUCUUUUUGGCUCUAGAGCACCCUGGAGAUGUGUGAAGCAUUGGUUUGACUCUGCAAGACCAUGCAGAAGAACUGUUAGCUUACACAGGUUGCUUUCGUUACUGAACUCACAUUACUUAGCAGCUAACCUGAUGUGGCAGGAUAGUGAAGAAUUGUCUGGAACUAACAUGAGAAGAAGAGGAAAAUAAUAACUGAGGGGAAGAUAAGAAGCAAAUUCAGAGGAGGAGAUAAGAAUUUCCUCUAUUUUCCAUUAGCUAAUUUGAAAACCGAAACAAUCCCCAUUAGUCAAUUGAAAACUGAAACAUUGGCUUCAUAGGGGCCUUGGACAGGAUUAUUUUAGUAAUUAACAAUGUCGAUGCCAACUCAUUUUCUAAAUAAUAGCAUACUCCUUCCUGGGCUGAAAAUCACAUUAUAUUGCCUCAGGUUGCAAACCUGUUAGUACACAUGCUGCCUCUCAACCCCUGUCAGCGAUCCCGUUAGGCCAAACCCAGCUUCUAUAGAUUGUGGUUUGUGCUGCUUUUAAGUGGAAAGAACACAUCCUGUACCAUGGAAAAAAAAUACAAGUAAUUUAUGUGGAAUUUGAAAACACAAGACAUUGUUUUGUUCUCCUAGCACUCUAGUUAGACAGAAGCCUUGGUAGUUGCUUUGUUCUGGCAGUGCUUGAGGCUGUGCAUGGGGUCGAUGUUGGUUUCUAUUGCUUUCAGGGUGAUGGGCAAGAGGCUCGGCGGUGCCUGUGGACUCUUUCUAGAUUUGAUUAUGCAAGUUCCUCUCUCACGAUGUCAUCAGUGGAAACACUUGACAUGUUCGGGUGCUGAUCUAUCCUUCUGCAUAAAUGAAAUACCCCGUUCUCUGUAAACACAGUUGGUUACAGUCUGCUUUUGUGUGUUCUGAUAUUGAAACUUUCAACAGUCCUUUUAGCUGAAUAUGUCUUGCUCAAUGAGAAAACAAUGAUCUGCGUCAACUUUUAUUUUCAACUUUGGAGCACCUUGAUGUUGAACCAGGUUGUUCUGUGAACUCUACAAACACUGUGCGUUUGUCGCAACGUUCAGCCUUGGCCCCAUGAAACCUUUCCUGCCCUUCCUUUCUGAGUCAGGAGGCCUUGUUGUAACGCCAGCCAGCAAGGUGGGGAAACAAGAGUUGUUCUGUCCUUGAGCAAGGCGGUUAACCUCAUUUUCCAUCUGGCGGUAGUUGUGGCGGUCUCCGCUUCUAUUAGUAUGGACUUGGUGAAAUGUGGAAGUCAAAUCUGACAAAUUUUGACCCUGAGAAAUGUCUCUCUGACGUGUGUUGUUUCUACAUCUUCCAUUAUCAGACCCCUGGUUUCCACAGUGAUGGACGUCCUCAGUCCUUGGCAUCACCUUGCCAGUGGUACCCUUGACGUACAGGCAAUACACCUGCUGGGGUCUGUUUACAGAAAGUUUGGCACAGAUUUUUCUCCAGCACCUUAUGGAAGCCACUGAGGUUUUAAAGAACAGUGUCUGUUUUUGAACUUUUUUGGCAAAGGUAAGCCUGUUACAUCAUAGCUGUCUUUCGUAACCAUGACCUUCUGCUGGUCCUAUUCGGUAAUAUUAGAUUUGAUUAGAUGGAUUACAGGACCACAGGAUUUAAGUCACAAGUCUGACUUUUUUCAUGGCUUUUCAGUGGCACAAGCAAAACUAAUGCCUUUGUGUCCUCAUCUCCACCCAUCUCCCUCAACUAAGAAUUUUGUCUUUCAUAAUUUUUUUUUCUCCUUCCUGUGGUGGAUGUUUUUCAGGCGUAACGUCUGACGGACGAUGUACGGAUGCAUGCACAUAUUCCCCUUCUUGCUAACGCUGGUCUCUGUCCAGUCCGGUGUGUCACGGUAAUAUCCUCGAGCUCUAGUGUGACCAAUCCCAUCAGACCUUUCACAUCUGAUCUUUAUCAGAGAUGAUCAGAUUGCUCAAAAGACCAAUUAGUCGGGUGAAAAAACCCACCGACUGAUGUCUUAGCCAGUUUCCAACUAAGCCCUGUCGCUUCAUUCCUUGAAUAUUCUCUCAUUAUCUCUCCAAUUCCUUUAACCAGUGUGUCAAAUCGCCAGUUUCUAGAGCUGGAGAACACUUGUUCAGACUGUGGACAGAGUCUUAAGUCGGGGACAUUGUGUCUGAAACCACUGAUGACCAACAACAUGUUUCUGUGGCAGACUUUUAUCAUCAAAUGAAGUAGCUGGUGAAUUAGACUUGGUUCUGCAUGCCAAGAGCGCAUCCCCUUUCAGGUAAUAAGUGGCUCGUAGAAGAACACAGACUCUUAGUGACGUUGUCCCUGUCUGCUGAUGUCUUUCAGAUGGCCAGGCCCGAGGGUGAUUUGGUUUUGGUUUCAGAUAUUAGUCAACAACCACCUGUAAACAAAUGGGGCUCAUGUUGCGUGUCCAUUAUAGAUCAUUUUUACUAAGCAAGUCUGGAUUGUUCUAAGUUUCUAUAGAAAACAGGUCACACUUGACUUGAUUGGGAGUACAAAGAUGUAUCCUUUGCUUUGCUUUAGUACUGUCGGUAACUAAUGAUGGGUUAUGUGGUCAAAUACAGUUUGGGUCUGGGUUUACACAGAUUCUCAUUUUAUAUUAGUAGUUUUUGAAUCUUUCAAUUCCUCUUCAGACACUGAAACUGCAUGCUGCUGUGACUGUAUUGAACUGUGAAGGCUGUAGUCUGUGAUUAUAUUGAACUGUGAAGGCUGUAGUCUGUGAGUUGUGUGUCAAAACCUUCAGCAUCGUUAGCAUCAGUGCUUUUUGCAUUUGGUUAAAGGAAGUGUCAGUUUAGUCAUUUUCUUGGGGCAGAUUGUGUGGUGACUGUUUUCAUUUACUAAAGGUUUACAUAAAGUAAUAGGAGGGCCGUGGUUAUUGGACAGUACAAUCAAAAAGCAUCUCAUAAAUAGGAAAAGAAUGCUUCACACCCUAAAAUGUUCAAGCAACACCCAAAACAAGAUACUGUAACACUACACCUUGAAAUUCCCUAACACUGAGAAAGGGUGGGAACGUCUACAGCUCUAAACAAACACUCUGUAAGAGUUACUCUCAAGAGUUGAUUCAACACCAGAUAACACACGUUGUUGAGGUUGAUUCAAAUGAGAUACGAAAAGGUGCAGACGAUUGUUUUUGUGUUUCUGUCACACAGUUGUGAAUAUUACAUCUUUAGUUAGGGAUCAAUGGAUAACCAGAGAGUUUUUUUUUUGUAUAGAUUUUAUAUAUACAUAUAUAUAUAUAUAUAUAUAUAUAUAUAUAUUCUACAUUGUGGCUUUUAUUGGAAAGUGGCUUUGUAAUGUAAGUAUGAUAUAACGUUGUGUGUGUGUGUGUGUGUGUGUGUGUGUGUGUGUGUGUGUGUGUGUGUGUGUGUGUGUGUGUGUGUGUGUGUGGGUAGGGGUAUAAAUCUGAUUGAAUGCAGCCCUCCGCAAUUAGAGAGAGUGAAUGUGUGUUUUGUUUGUGCGUGGGUGGUGUGGGAGAUGUUGAGUACCGUUCGUGGAUUGGCUGUGGGGCAGUGCUAUCUGUUCCUGCACUGCAAACUCCCAGAAGAUAAUAAAACCAGUUGUCUCUAAAACACACACACCCUAUCCCAAACUCUAUAUCUAACCCUGACUAUAUCUAACUCUAUCACUAUAUCUAACUCUCUAACCGUAAUUCAAAUCCUGAUCUGACUCCCAGGUGUCAAAUUGUCCCCAUUAAGUCAAAUAAUAAUAAUAAUAAGCCCUGUUUUACUAUCUUUGCAGGACUUUUUGGUCCCCGCAAGUUAAAUGAAACACGCACACACACUCACACACCAUGCUGUCCCAGCAAGCUUGACCUGGUAGAGGGAUUUCCUGCCUCAUGUGUAUCUGUGUGUGUGUGUAUCUGUGUGUGUGUAUCUGUGUGCGUGCGUGUGUAUGUGUAUGUGCGUGUGUGUGUCUGUGUA